UAAUGUGGAAGGCACAGUUUUAAUAAGAUAUACGAGCGGUCAGACAAGUUUAACAGUGGAGCCAGUGGCAGGUUGCAGAGGCCGCCGCGGGUUUGAGUCCUGAAACUAAAGGCUCCAGAUAAAGUUAGCUAACUUGAGCUAGAUUUGGAAAGAAAACACAACGUGCCAACAACAAGAUAUUUUUUAAACGGGUAGCUUAGCUCCGGAUUUUAAAUUGUUCUACAAGUUGUUCCUGUUCAACAAUGAAGGAGACAACGAAGCCUGUCAGCCACCAGCAGGCCAGCCAGCUGCUCCACAACAAGUUCAUUGUGGUGCUCGGAGACUCAAUCCAGAGGUCUGUAUACAAGGACCUGGUUCUGCUGUUACAGAAGGAGAAAUAUCUCUCUUUAAAACAGCUCAAGAGCAAGGGUGAGAUGAGCUUUGAACAGGACUGCCUGGUGGAAGGAGGUUGCCUGAGCGGUAUGCACAAUGGCACGCAGUACCAGGAGGUUCGACAGUUUCAGUCCGCCCACCAUCUGGUCCGCUUUUACUUCGUCACACGCAUUUACUCUCGCUACAUGGAGAGCAUCCUCGAAGACUUCCGCCAAGGCUUGAAACCAGAUGUAGUCAUUAUCAACUCCUGCGUUUGGGAUAUUUCAAGAUACCUUUCCAGUUGGAUUGAUGACUACAAGGAGAAUCUGCAUAAAUUCUUUAAAGAACUACGUGGCGUUCUUCCGGAGGAAGCCCUGGUUGUAUGGAACCUCACCAUGCCCUUAGGCGAGAGGAUCAAAGGUGGUUUCCUGGUCCCAGAGAUUGAACACAGGGCCUCUCAGCUGCGUCAGGAUGUGAUUGAGGCUAAUUUCUAUAGUGGGACUCUGGCUGACGCCUACGGGAUGGAUGUGUUGGACCUCCAUUACCAGUUCCGCUUCUUCCUGCAACACCGCACCAAGGAUGGAGUCCACUGGAACGCUCUCGCCCACCGCAGGAUAACCUCUCUGCUGUUGCAGCACAGUGCUCAGGCCUGGGGUGUCGUCAUGCCCUCUCCAUUGACUACUGUUGGCCACUCAUCAAAGGAAACUUACAACAGCAACAGAGAGGAGUUCUUCAGCGAUUCCUUCACUUUAGGCUACUUGAACUUCGAGAAGAACGACCCUUGGCCACAGGCAUGUCACCGUAAGGCUGCUGGAGCUCACAGACCCGCCCUCCCAACACUGCCUUACCUACCAGUUCACAGACAUCCAUAUGAACAUGGACAGUUUAGAAAUGGUUUCAACUACAGGACUCCACACCACUUUGAGCCCUACCAUGAGCACCAUCAUCAGCAUGUGAUGAGGAGCCGACACACCAGACACCACUAUGCUCCGUACACCCAUCACAGACACAGUCAGUACUCCCGUCACGGCCACUACUACUGAGGCAGGGUGCAUCACGACAUUCAGACAUGGUGAACUGUUAUCUACGCCAGUCUCUUGCUUCACCUGCAGUACAUUAUGGUCCUCUGUGUUCUAAGGAGGAGGCGUUAAUCCCCAAACUGCUUACUUUAGUUCACUCAGAUUUGAUUGAAUUCAGCGAAUUGCCUUAGACAUACACAUAUAUUGGUCCUUUUUCUUAUAUUGUAAAUUAGUUAAUUACUCUUUUUUUUUUUUGCACCAAUAAUAGAUUUUAAAUAUAUUUUUCAUUUCAGAGAACUUUUAAUUCUACACUUCAAAUGUCAGGUGCUGUGUUCUAAUUCAAAACAUUUAAAUGGGACUGUUUUUGACUUAUUUUAAAAUCAAUCACUCAAAGUUCUAAAUUAAUGAUCCCUCUGAUGUCUCUUAAUGACAAGUAUGGGAUAAAGAUUUUGUUUCCUUUAGGCCUUAAACACAUCAAUGUUCAGAGUGAUUUUUCUAUCUGAUUUAUGCAGUCAGAAGUGGUAGAGAAACCGCUUUGGACCUGUCUGCCUUGCCAGUAACAAUGUAAUCCUGCUUCAUUUUAAUAACGUAUUCACUCAAGCAUAAUACCAGCUUUGGCUUUAAAGCCAUUAACUGAAAUGUGUUAAUAGUGCUGAGAUUAAAACAGGAUUACAAUUUGUAGACACUGGUGCCCUAAACUCUUCAUGAACACUUGUAAGUUUGACAUGACACAUUUAAUAAAGAUAUUUUUUUGCUCUGAA